UUGUCGGCAGAAAUUUGUAGUGGUGUACCAAACAAAGCAACCUACGAGUUAGUAAGCGAAUGUACACAAAUUUGUAGUGGUGUACCAAACAAAGCAACCUACGAGUUAGUAAGCGAAUGUACACAAAUUUGUAGUGGUGUACCAAACAAAGCAACCUACGAGUUAGUAAGCGAAUGUACACAAAUUUGUAGUGGUGUACCAAACAAAGCAACCUACGAGUUAGUAAGCGAAUGUACACAAAUUUGUAGUGGUGUACCAAACAAAGCAACCUACGAGUUAGUGAGCGAAUGUACACAAAUUUGUAGUGGUGUACCAAACAAAGCAACCUACGAGUUAGUAAGCGAAUGUACACAAAUUUGUAGUGGUGUACCAAACAAAGCAACCUACGAGUUAGUAAGCGAAUGUACACAAAUUUGUAGUGGUGUACCAAACAAAGCAACCUACGAGUUAGUAAGCGAAUGUACACAAAUUUGUAGUGGUGUACCAAACAAAGCAACCUACGAGUUAGUAAGCGAAUGUACACAAAUUUGUAGUGGUGUACCAAACAAAGCAACCUACGAGUUAGUAAGCGAAUGUACACAAAUUUGUAGUGGUGUACCAAACAAAGCAACCUACGAGUUAGUAAGCGAAUGUACACAAAUUUGUAGUGGUGUACCAAACAAAGCAACCUACGAGUUAGUAAGCGAAUGUACACAAAUUUGUAGUGGUGUACCAAACAAAGCAACCUACGAGUUAGUAAGCGAAUGUACACAAAUUUGUAGAGGUGUACCAAACAAAGCAACCUACGAGUUAGUAAGCGAAUGUACACAAAUUUGUAGUGGUGUACCAAACAAAGCAACCUACGAGUUAGUAAGCGAAUGUACACAAAUUUGUAGUGGUGUACCAAACAAAGCAACCUACGAGUUAGUAAGCGAAUGUACACAAAUUUGUAGUGGUGUACCAAACAAAGCAACCUACGAGUUAGUAAGCGAAUGUACACAAAUUUGUAGUGGUGUACCAAACAAAGCAACCUACGAGUUAGUAAGCGAAUGUACACAAAUUUGUAGUGGUGUACCAAACAAAGCAACCUACGAGUUAGUAAGCGAAUGUACACAAAUUUGUAGUGGUGUACCAAACAAAGCAACCUACGAGUUAGUAAGCGAAUGUACACAAAUUUGUAGUGGUGUACCAAACAAAGCAACCUACGAGUUAGUAAGCGAAUGUACACAAAUUUGUAGUGGUGUACCAAACAAAGCAACCUACGAGUUAGUAAGCGAAUGUACACAAAUUUGUAGUGGUGUACCAAACAAAGCAACCUACGAGUUAGUAAGCGAAUGUACACAAAUUUGUAGUGGUGUACCAAACAAAGCAACCUACGAGUUAGUAAGCGAAUGUACACAAAUUUGUAGUGGUGUACCAAACAAAGCAACCUACGAGUUAGUAAGCGAAUGUACACAAAUUUGUAGUGGUGUACCAAACAAAGCAACCUACGAGUUAGUGAGCGAAUGUACACAAAUUUGUAGUGGUGUACCAAACAAAGCAACCUACGAGUUAGUAAGCGAAUGUACACAAAUUUGUAGUGGUGUACCAAACAAAGCAACCUACGAGUUAGUAAGCGAAUGUACACAAAUUUGUAGUGGUGUACCAAACAAAGCAACCUACGAGUUAGUAAGCGAAUGUACACAAAUUUGUAGUGGUGUACCAAACAAAGCAACCUACGAGUUAGUAAGCGAAUGUACACAAAUUUGUAGUGGUGUACCAAACAAAGCAACCUACGAGUUAGUAAGCGAAUGUACACAAAUUUGUAGAGGUGUACCAAACAAAGCAACCUACGAGUUAGUAAGCGAAUGUACACAAAUUUGUAGUGGUGUACCAAACAAAGCAACCUACGAGUUAGUAAGCGAAUGUACACAAAUUUGUAGUGGUGUACCAAACAAAGCAACCUACGAGUUAGUAAGCGAAUGUACACAAAUUUGUAGUGGUGUACCAAACAAAGCAACCUACGAGUUAGUAAGCGAAUGUACACAAAUUUGUAGAGGUGUACCAAACAAAGCAACCUACGAGUUAGUAAGCGAAUGUACACAAAUUUGUAGUGGUGUACCAAACAAAGCAACCUACGAGUUAGUAAGCGAAUGUACACAAAUUUGUAGUGGUGUACCAAACAAAGCAACCUACGAGUUAGUAAGCGAAUGUACACAAAUUUGUAGUGGUGUACCAAACAAAGCAACCUACGAGUUAGUAAGCGAAUGUACACAAAUUUGUAGUGGUGUACCAAACAAAGCAACCUACGAGUUAGUAAGCGAAUGUACACAAAUUUGUAGUGGUGUACCAAACAAAGCAACCUACGAGUUAGUAAGCGAAUGUACACAAAUUCGUAACUCGAAGGCUGCUGACACCAACCAUUGGGUGCGUUUGGCAGAAAAAAGCGCUAGCAAGCGCUUGUAA